GGCAGACACCAUGGACACCAGUGGAUCUCCUUCCUUUGAUGGAUAUGAUACUGAUUUGAUUGAAGGAUCGUAUGUCAGCCGAAGAUUUUGUGUGUCUCCAAAAUAUUGACGAAUAUCUGAGUCGUUGUCUCACUCUCAGGCUGCGCUGUGGAGUCGUCUUUUUGGCCACCAAUUCAAUGCGCCGGGUUUUAGUGAUCAGGGAGUGAGGAAACUGUUUGGUAGCUUAUUCAGAGAGCAGUGUGGCCGUGUUGGUCUUGUCACGAUUUGUGAGUUAUUCCGAUUGUUUGUUCCUGGCAGCUUUAUCGGCGCCCGUGACUGGAAAGAGUGGAGUAGGGCAUCGACCUGGCUUGGUCUUUCCUCCCGGGUGUUGUGUAGUGUGUUGUGAUUGAUUUGUACGCCAUCGAACGAUCCGCACCGCGCCGGCCUGAGACACCUCGCUUCGUGGUUGCACCUGCCGCCUCACAACCCAGUUGCAAGGCAUCCCCUACAACGUUGAGUUCUUCACGCACCUCUCUCAGUUCUGUAGAAAAGCGAGCACAGGCGCUGGGCAAUUUACGAGCCGUGCCACAAUACCGAGGAAAGUCGUGCGUGUCAAGAGACGAGGACAUCUAAGACACUCGGAGCGGCAUUGGUGCUUCGUGACUCAGGCUCACUGUCGGAGGCGAACACUCUGCCGUUCUGUACUAGUCUGUGUGACUGAUCAUAAAUCACACAUUGAACUUUGAGCACAGUAUAUUAUCGGACGCAGUGCACGCGUGUGUGUGCGUAGAGCAACAAUGUCGAACCGAGAAGUAUACAUGGACCACGUCAGGCAGAACUUCUGGAAGGAGAUGGUACACAAGGAGGCCAUACUGCGCCAGGACUGGCACCUGAAGUACAGCAAGAACUUCAUCAAGUCAGACCAGGACGAUGCCAGCCAGAAGGCUGCAGUGCCUAAGCGUCGACGUCGCACCGGUGUUGUGCCGCGGCCCAACUCGGCGGUGGAGAAGAUGCGCGAGCAGGUCGACCGCGAUCAGGCACGGCUCGCCGAGCGUCAGAGCUUGUUUGACAGCAUGGACGCCAGCGGCGGUCGGCGGUCACAGGGCAGCACCACGCUGAGCAAGAGCGAUCCGUUUCCCACGGCAUCGUCACCAGGACUGCAGUCGGAAUCAUCGGCGUCGGUGAGCGGCGGUAUCGUGGAGCCAAUGCGAGCACCGUCAGCCAAGACACGCGACAUCCUGUACAACGGACUGAGUCACGACGGAGAAGGACGUUACAAAUACUUGACGACGCGCAAGUUGGAGAAUGUGGAGCGGCGAUAUGAGUACCCGCUAACCUAUACACAGGAGUAUGGGUGGAAGAUUCGCGACUCCAUGGACAAGUACCAUCCGUCGGAGUUUGGCCGCACCGCUAUCGUGCGUGAUAGCUUCUACCGUCACGGUGGAGUGUUUUAGAGUGGAUGGUGUUGGCCGGAGUGUGUGCGUGUGUGUGUGUGUGUGUGUUUGUGUUUGUGUGUGUGAGUGUGUGUGUGUGUGUGUGUGUGCGUGUGCAUGUGUGUGUGUGUGUGUGUGCACGAGCGCGUAUGUGCAUGAGUAUCAAGCACAUACAUGUUAGCUGCUGAGCCUACAAUUCCAACGUGUUGGUACUCCGGUAGCUCCGGUAACACACGGCUGUAUGUGGAUCAUGUCGGGCCAUUGGCGCUUGGCACCUAUUUAUGAGUGGAUUGUGCAAAGACCGCCUAACAAUGUUCACGGCAGGCUUGAUUCCCUCCUUCUCGUCUGUCUCAUUUUUCCCCGAGAUGUUUUGAUGCAUAGGAUUAUGAUGCUCAUCAUUCGCUCCCUUGUCACUGGACAGUUCUGUCCGUUUGGUUUUAGCGAAUUCAAAUAAAGAAUACAACAACAACAUUCGCGGCGAUGA